AUGAAUACUCUGCCUUCAUUACCGACUGAAAUCCUCACUUCCUGGUCAGUCCAGUGGCGACAACCAAAAAUUCAAUCAAGUUAUUCUCCACCAAGAAAGGCAGUGGCUCAGGCUGUCUCAAGCAAUACCACAAUACCGACUUUGCCACCCAUUGCUUUUUUAGAUAGACAAUUGUCUGACCAGCAUACACCUCUUUUAUCACCCUCGGAAGACGUUCCUCCUCCACAUUACACUCCUCCUACGCGACUUCCUCCAAUGGUCGCCUAUGCUGAGAAUGUUCCAGAGCCAGUGUACUCGAAACCACCCGUCUUCACUGACAACAAUUUUUCCAUCGACUGGCUCGACUUUACACACAAACGUUCAGCGCAUUUCAUUGCCGAAAAGACAUGUGAAAUGAUCUGUUAUCUGUGGUUCACAACUCCGCCUUCUUCUGAGUCUAACACGGCUUCAUCAUCGCCUUUAUUCCAUCGGCCAAAUUCAGCGACAACCCUUCAACUUGUCGCUUCGCCUACCUUCGUUUCUUUCAUGCAAAAGCUACUUGAGACAACACAGGUCUCGCAGUCUGUCAUCGUGCUCUCAUUGCAUUACAUCUACCGCUUGAAAGAACGGAAUCGCUUUACUCCUGCACAGGCUGGCAGUGAGUUCAGGAUAGCUGUUGCUGGACUGAUGAUGGCAAAUAAAUUCUUGGACGAUAACACGUAUACAAAUAAGACUUGGUCAGAAGUUUCGGGAAUAGAGCUCACAGAAAUUAACAGAAUGGAAAGAGAGUUUCUAAUGGGCGUAGACUGCAAUCUCUAUGUCGAUAAAGCGACGUACGAGUCAUGGCUAAAUCUACUCAAGGGCUUGGUCCUCGCGAAGGAGCGCGAUAGCAGACACUACCACAAAUCGCGCGCUUCAACACGUGCGCCACGGCACCCUGGGUCCUCGCUAACGAACACACCACAUCGGUAUGCGAAUCGCGGUCGUGGUUCGAGUCAUCGCGCGCGUUCUACCUCGCCAGAGCAAUCUCAUCGCAUUUUGUCUUAUCCUUCUGUCUCUGUCUCUCCGCAGUAUAUUUCCCAGGUUCCGGCAACUCGCUCGGCACAAUCCGAUUCUCCCUUUCUUAGAUCGGGUGCGAAACGUAGUGCUGGAGCCGCAUUCUCACCUACUUCUGCAACCUUCUCUCAUGUCCCUUUCAAACGACCUGUCUCCAUAUCAUUACUCAUCCCCGAGUCCGGUUCUCACAGCGGACCAAACUCUAAUUCACCCUUGGAAAGUUUGCAGUCAUUUGCUAGAAUGUCGAUUGACUCGCCAAAUGUACCAGGGUCUCGUUCAUCGCAUGCGACUACUGGCACUGUGCCGUCUACACCUUGGUCUUCCUCCAAUAAGACCGUGGUUCCUGAGACGCUCUCCACCGCUUAUGCUUUGGACGAAAGGCGGCGCAGCUCUGUGCCUCAGAACCUCUACUUUUAUACUCUUGCUUGUUCACCGACAGACGACGAAGAAAACAGAUCCCGUAAGGCAAGGUUACGGUAUCAUCAACCUCCCCCGCCGAGUUCUUCUGUUCCGUACUAUCAGCCCCGUUCUUCAUUCCCAAUGAACGUCCAAUCGGCAUCCACGAGCCCUGUGCAUAUCACUGUAGUGCCUCCAACGUUACCACACUUUCGUGAUACGGUCUGGUCUCGGCAGUCUGCUUACACUACUCCGCAUGAACAGCAAGCCCAGCCGCCACUGCCGCCGCAUCUACUUGCAGUCCCAAAUGUAGAACCACCGAGAUACCAAGCGUAUCAUCAAAGCCAGCAUCAGGGUUACGGGGGUGAUUACGAUGAUAGUAGUCCGAUACAGUCCGCGCCAUUCGCUAAUGCAGGUCCCCCCGGGUUUCAGUUCUGUCCAACUCCGGAACAAGGCUCUUCGCCUGUUUACGAACGCCCCCAUCGAAGUCACGCUUGGUCUAGAAGAAGUAUAUGCGAGUAG